CCACUUUCAAUUUUACUUUAUAUAUUAUUUUCUAACACAAGUCACCAGAUUCCAACCAAAACCCCCAAAUAUAUAUAUUUUAACAUUAAAUAUUAAAUCAUCACAACAAUAUUCAUUAAUGCUCAUUAUUAAAUUAAUAUUAUUAUUUUUGCUUCUUUUCUUUUUUAUUUCUUAUCACAUUUAUUUUUUUAAUCUCAAUUUGGACAGUCUUAGGAAAGUUAAGGCACCCUAUUAGCUGAACAACGAAAACAAAGUUUUCUUAUUAUUAUCUGAGCAUUUUCUUUUCCAUUUCAAAUCACAAAAUCGAAAGAAAAAAAAAUCACAGAACCCAGAAAAAAAAUCAAUCUUCCUCUUCCUAAAAAUAAAAAUACAAUUUUUUUUUUUUUUCCAUUCAACUAAAAAUCAAAAUCAUCAACUUUUUUAUAAGCUCUGUUUUUUUUUUUUUUUUUUCAGCCAACUCUGCUCUAACAAAAAUAAGCUUUUUGAGUAAACAAUUUUUUGAGUUUUUCUGCAGACAAUAUCUCAUUGUGAAGCUUCUCUGGUAGUUUUUCUACACUUUAAAAGCUUCACAAGCUAUUAAAUCCAAGCUUUCUAUUAAUUUUUCUUUUCUGGGUUUUGUUUUUUGAAGUGUGAGGUUUCUUGGGGGAUUUUUAUUUUUAAUUUUUUUUCCAAAAAAAAAAAAAAAACUUUCAGUUUUCUUUGAGUAAUUGAUAUUAGGAAACAAAUGGGUUUUUCAUAAAAAGCUCAAAGAAAAUUUGUUCGUUAGGGAGGUUUAAACAUGGAGGGUAGGGAAGGCGUGAGUAGUGGGGUUACAGUGGUGGGAUCAGAUGCUCCCUCGGACUACCAUGUAGCUCCAAGGUCCGAAAACCCGCCCCAGACGGGUGGAUCAACUACCACGACGCCGGCAGUUGCUCCGCCACCGCCGUCAGCUCCGGCGGUGGCCACGGCGGCGACACCGGCAGCUGGUGGUGCGACUAUGCCGGAAAAGAAGAAAAGAGGGAGACCAAGGAAGUACGGACCUGAUGGGACUGUCACUAUGGCACUGUCACCAAAACCGAUAUCGUCUUCAGCGCCACCUCCGGUGAUCGAUUUCUCGGCCGAAAAAAGCAGGAAAGUUCGGCCGGCUAGCUCAGUCAGCAAGGCCAAAUAUGAAUUGGAGAAUUUAGGUGAAUGGGUUGCAUGUUCAGUUGGUGCUAAUUUUACACCCCAUAUCAUCACUGUUAAUGCUGGCGAGGAUGUUACAAUGAAGAUAAUAUCAUUUUCUCAACAAGGCCCUCGCGCUAUAUGUAUUCUCUCAGCAAAUGGUGUAAUAUCGAGUGUUACACUUCGUCAGCCUGAUUCUUCUGGGGGUACAUUGACGUAUGAGGGUCGCUUUGAAAUACUUUCGUUAUCUGGUUCAUUCAUGCCCAGUGAAACUGGAGGAACAAGAAGCAGAUCUGGUGGGAUGAGCGUUUCUUUAGCUAGUCCAGAUGGACGUGUUGUAGGUGGUGGAGUUGCUGGGUUAUUAGUAGCUGCAAGUCCUGUGCAGGUUGUAGUGGGCAGUUUUCUAGCAGGGAACCAGCACGAGCAGAAGCCAAAGAAGCAGAAACACGAUUACAUCUCAGUAGCAACUCCGACAGCAGCGAUUCCCAUUUCAAGUGCUGAUCCGAAAGCAAACCUCACUUCUACUGGUUCCUUCCGAGGGGAUAGUUGGUCUUCACUGCCACAAGAUUCAACAAGGAAUAAGUCAACUGACAUUAAUGUAUCUUUGCCUGGAGGGUAAUCGAAACGUCCAGUAAGCACCAGUACUGCUUACGUAGUUGCAAGAUGAGGUUUGUCACUGACCACAUUGGCAAUUAAAACCCCAACUGUUGGAUCUCACUUCCCCUUUGUUUGUUUGUCUGUAAUCUUAUUGACUCUUAGCGUCUACUUGUUUUCCCAUCUGGGGGGCUUUCCUCCUUUUUCACCUUGAGGUAUCAUUUUAAUUAGUUGUUUAGAUUAGGCGUUGUCGGCGGUCACUUCGUGUCAUGUAGAAAGUAGAAUAGUUUGUUGUAAUAUUGACAUCUGAAUUUGCCUUUUUUUCUUUGGAGUGGAUGCAUUGUGAUUUCGAAGUUGCUUGGA